AUGGCCCCCAAAAGACCGAAACUUGAGCGUCUUCAUUUAGCUCCUCCAGAAAGAGCUGUAUCGAUAACGGAUACGCUUACCUUAGUUGUAAAAGGCGAUUGUGGUGUCGAAUUGCGCGUUAAAGAAAGCGGUAUCGCGUCUGGUCCCACAAUUCCAGCCCAGGCUGCGGAUCAGGAGAAUGGCAUGACCGAUCUAGAUAUGGAUAAGAUAAGAUUUGAAGACCUACGCACCUGCCAAGAACUGGGAAAAGGCUCUCAGGGGAAGGUUAAACUUGUUCGACAUCGACCCACCGGGAAGAAGUACGCACUGAAAUAUAUUCAAUUGGAAGGGGACACAGAUGAUAUGCGACAGGCCCUUGAAUCGGAGCUGAGACAGGUUAAAGCUUUGAUGCACAAAAAUAUUGUGACUUCACAUGAGGCCUUUUUUAAGGAGGGGAGACUUUAUAUUGUACUGGAAUAUAUGGAUGCUGGAAGUAUGGCAGAUGUGCUUCGGCGGCACCCUAGCUGUUUCAACGAGGAGAUGUUGGCGUAUGUGGCGAGAGAGCUUCUUAAGGGGUUGGAACACCUUCAUGCUUCGAAAAUGAUUCAUCGUGACAUUAAGCCCGUCAAUGUUCUUGCAAAUUCGGGAGGUGAGGUCAAAAUAGCAGAUUUUGGUGUAGCCAAGAAAUUUUCUGGUGGAGAUGUGGAAACGCUGUCUUCCCAAGGCUCCGUUAUCUACAUGAGCCCUGAACGAAUAAAAGCUCAACCGUACUCGUUCAGUAGCGACAUAUGGAGUGUUGGUUUGACCAUAGCAGAAUGUGCAUUGGGAAUGUAUCCUUUCGGAUCAAUCAAAAACAAUCUUUUUGAACUUUUACAGGUUAUUGCUACGGGAGAUGCAAAGAUUGAUUGGACAGCCGAUGGUCGUCAGCACAGCCCUGAGCUUAUUGAUUUUAUCGAUCAGUGUCUUCGUCCGUUGGAUUCACGACCAACGGCGACCGAGUUGCUUCAUCAUCCAUUCAUUCAAAAAGCGGCAAAUGUAGACCCUGUUGGUGCUGGAAAUUGGUUCGUUACACCCUCUUAA